CCGAGACGCGAGGUACGCAGUUGCACCGGGAGAGAAACCGCUGCUCGGAGAUCCGAGCCGCGAUCCAGCCAGGCCGGAAGCCCUGUAGUCCCACUGCUUCCAUAGACCGAACCAGAAGGCUACUGCACAGCCUCAGAUGGAAAUACUGUAGGACCUCACUCUCUGAGCCACAUGCGUUAUCUCACGUUUUCAUUUUAAAUGGGCGUCGCACUCGGCCUUGCUCCUUCCCUCCCCGUGUUUUGUGAUUUUAUAAUUUAUUGUUAUGCAAGGAUUUAACAUACCAAAAAGAUGAUCGGGGGCUACGUUUUUGGCUGGGGAAGCCUGCGAUCGACUGAAUGCAACACAUAGAUCUGAAGGAAAGGAUUAUUAUAUGGGUUGCAUUUGAUUUUCCUGACCUGCCCUAUCCGGAUUUCGGAUUACUCAACAUUCUUCGGGAAUGGAAGGACGGGAUUUCGCUGCUCCGGCGCACCUCCUCUCAGAGCGGGGCGCCCUGGUGCACCGAGCCGCCUCUCGGAUCGCUCCCUCGGGCCACAGCUCUGUGCAGCACGCCGGUCACUUCCCGCCGGGAAAAUACUACCCGUCGCACAUACCGAUGGCUCCCCACUCAGGCAGUGGAUUGAUGGGCAAUUCCUCCGCCUCCUUCAUGGGGACCUUCCUGGCCAGUAGUCUGGGCACCCCCCCUUCCCACCCGUCUCACCCUUCCCGGCCGCCCUCCUCGCCCUCCUCACCCUCCUUCCGGGGUGGACCCCACUCCAGCGCCUCUCAAAUCUGGUUCCCCCAUUCGCAUGAAGCAGCUCCAGGGUAUCCUCGAUUCUCAGGGAGUCUGGCCCACACUUUCCUUCCCAUGAGCCACUUGGAUCACCAUGCCAACAGUGGAGUUCUCUACGGUCAGCACCGUUUCUAUGACACCCAAAAAGAGAACUUCUAUCUUCGAGGUCUCCCAUCCCAGCCACCUCUCAUCUCAGCCAAUCACAGUCUGCCACCAAUGUCCAGGGCAGGCUCAGGACACUCUCAGGGGUCCUGCAGCAGAGACAGAGACCAAGGAGUCGGGACAGGUCUACAUAAGGGUCUUAAAGAGGGUUCUGUGGAGAGAGGAGUGGUACCUGUCAAGGACAAGGAGAGGUCCAGUAGCAAACAGGAGGCAAAGGAGAGACAGCAGCACCAACAGCACCACAGCCAGCAGCCACCCCAGCCCACACACCACCAUCAUUCCCAUUCCCAUCAGCAGCACCCACACUAUCCACAGCACCCACUGCCCCUGGAGGAGGUUAACAGUCGGGCCCUGGAGAGGCACAAGGCACCACUUGCAAUGGAGUACAGCAAGGAACACCCUCAAAGUAUGGGCAAACCCCUCAGUGCCUGCUUGCACAAUGGCAAGAUGCAAAAUGGAGAUGCAGGAACUGGGGCAGGGGCUAAGGCCUCCAUGUCCAGCUGUGGUGGAGAGGGCGCAGCACUUGGGACUAUGGGGGGUGGAGGGAGCACCCAGGUUCGACAUAUGGGGUCCAGUGGCAGUAGUCGCUGCACUAAAGAGGGAAUAAGUGGGGAGAUGAGGAUCAGUGAACAACCCUCGGACUGUCUGGAGAGGGGUCAGGCACCACUCCACCACUCUCUGUCCUAUUCUGUACCCCCACCAUUACACAUGGGUUCUGCUGCUGGAGGGGCACACCCCCAUCCACAUCCUCAUGCUCACGCCCAUACACAUCCUCACCCAGGGGGUUUCCACUGUCUUCAGCUCCACCCCAGCCACCCACACCACCCACAUCAUUCCCACCACACACACCACCACCCAGACUUCUUCUGCCCGCCUCCUCCUGCUCCACUAACCAACCCUGCCUCUCAUGAGAGAGGGCCAGUCAAUGUGGGGCGAGACCCUAAAGUCACAGGGCCGACAUUUGUGCCAUCUGUGGCAGACCUGGGCGACAAAUCUAAUGGGCCAUUCCAGCUUGGUAACCCUGACUGCCAGGGUGUGGGUGGUGGUGGCGGAGGUGGCAAUAUUAAGGACAAGGUAAUAGAAAAGAAUGGAGGUGGUGGGCAUCAUAGUAGUUGGCACAGAAAACAGCAACAGCAACAGCAGCAGCAGCAGCAGCAACAACAACAGCAACAACAGCACCCAUACAGAAAGACAGAGAAGGCUCCAGACUGGAUGCAGUCACACCACCAACACCUUCAGUCCUCACAGCUUCCUCCACCUCCCCAACUACAACAGCCUUCACAUCCUCAACAGCAGCACCAGGUUGUACGAUCACGCAGUGCUGAGUGUAUCAACAGUGGUGUGGACAUGGAUGUGUUCAGACCCUCGCUGUCGCAAGGGCCCAAGGCUGGACACUCUGUUCCCCAUUCUGUCAACACUUCUCCCUACAGAGACUGUUCCCACCCAGGACCCCCACCUAAUGCUUCCCCACUUGGAAGUAAAAGCAUGGGUCAACAUGGUGGGGCUGGAGCAGCCCAUGGUCCUGGUCCUGGUCCUGGAGGUAGCUGCUCCUUACAGAGGGAUGGGCAAAAGGUAGCCAGGAUACGCCACCAACAGCAUGGCCGACCUGGCCCAGAUGCUCCCUCUCCUGCUGAGAUGAACCAGGGGGCUAGCCAGGAGCUGAAACGAAAGAUGGACAUGUCUCCUUAUGGUUAUAGCAACAGCAGUGGGCAGCACCACCACCAGCAGCCCCCUGUGCCACCGUGGGCAAUGAGGCCUCCUCACCACAUGCCACAACCUGAGGAGGAGCAGAGGAAGUCCUACAUGGAGUUAGGGAGCACUGGUGGGCAACACUCCCAGCAGCAGCAGCAACAGCAGCAGCAGCAGCAGCAGCAGCAGCAGCAGCAGCAGCAGCAGCCAGGAAUGAGCCUGCCUCCUCCCCAGCCUCCCCCUGCACCUACUCUCAGUCAGCAGCAGCAGCAGCCACAGCAGCAACCUGAGCCCCAGGGCCCAACUCAGGGGGAGAGCAGUGCCAUGAAAAGCUUACUUAAGUACAGCAACCAGCAACAGCCACUGCUACUCUCCCAGAAGAGCCCAUUUGGGGGGCUUGGAAGCCUUAAAUCAGGUCCUGCUGGGGGUAGCUGCGCCCUGCAGGGCAACAAACAGACUCUACCCUCCAGAAAGGGCCCAGCCACUGACAACGAGCGCCCUGAUUACAGUGGGCGCAGCCGGGAUAUGGGGGAAGCAGGUCAUGGGGAAAGCGAGGUGCGGCAGCCGCCAGUGGGAAUUGCAGUAGCUGUGGCCAGACAAAGGGAGCCACCUUGUCGUUCAGCAGACGGUCAUCCCAACAGCCGACAGGGCAGGGUACAUCCCUCUGUGAAAGGACCGCCCCGCUCCAUGUAUCCCUCGGAUCCCACAACUGAAGAGGAGAGGAAGAGGUUGAGUGGGGAACAGAUAAGUCUGACUUGCUUGGACAGAGAAAGAGAUGCAUAUAUCAGGGAUAAUAAGGAAAGGGUGGAGUUUGCAAGAAUCCACCCCUCCAACAGCUGUCACGGAGACCUCACCUCUCAUCUCAUGGUCCCAGGCGGGACUUCCCUCCAGUCUGGCCAAUUAGGAGAUCCUUCUGCACAUUCUGCUCACCAUCAUUGGAUGCCAAGAACUGGAAGCCCUUCCCUUUGGAUGACAGGACACUCUUAUGCAGGUAUAGGUCAUACAGCCCUGCACCAGAAUCUGCCCCCAGGUUUCUCUGCAGCCAUGCCAGGCCCUCUGCAGCCAGUCCUGCCUCUGCCUCAGGACCCUUCUGCCCAGCUGGUGGUCCUGCCCACUGAGCCUGCCUCCCAUCCUGCCACCCAUCACCUGGAUGUGAUGGAGCAGCAAGGGCUGUGGCCCCCUGUGUACGGCGCCCGGGGCCCACCCUCCCACAUGCAGCAUCCUGCUGUGUACUCCCGAUCCCAGUUUCUACGGCAACAAGAGCUGUAUGCUCUCCAGCAGCACCAACAGCUCCAGCAUCAGCAUCAGCAUCAGCAUCAGAGUCACCAGUCACAGCAACCACAACCACAGUCUCAAGCCCAGCAGCAGCAGCAGCAGCAGCAGCAACAACAGCAGCAACAGCAACAACAACAACAGCAGCAACAGCAGCAGCACAGAGCUGCACAUGGCAUGGACAUGCAACAUCAUGCCACUCACAAUACACAGAUGCAGAAGAGGCCCGAUGAGCCCUCGGUUGAACUCGAGGAACUCAUUGCAGAACCCAGAGCACCUAAACCUGCCAAGCCGUACUCUUACAACCCGCCUCAGAGGAACACAUCUCCCCCUGGGGCCUGUGCUGCUCACCUGUCCCCUUGCUGCCAGUCCCCCUCACUACGACCGCAUCCCAAAAGCACUCCCUCAACACCCUGCCCUGCUCCCAGCCCUGCUGCUGCAGCCCCACACUCGCCUGCCAUCAGCCCUGCCCCACCUCAGAUGCCCAAGGGGCCAGAAAUCCAGGACAAGAGAGGAGAGGGACAACCCCCACAGGAUUACCCAGAGUCUCUUGAGCCUGACUUGCCUCCUGGAUACACCUACCCUGCCAUUGCCAUGGGCUACAGAAGCGGCCCGUCCCCCCAGGAUGUUCGCCUGGCUGAGCCAGCUGACCUGGAAGCAGUCCAAGUGGAGCCUGCUGAGCAUGCUCCCCAGUCCCUCUCUGGCCUGGGGGAGGAGCUCGACUGCCAAGCGGCAGUCAGGCCUCUCUCAGAGCCUCUCCCACCCAAGGAAGUGGAGCAGGAAGAGGAGGAAAGAGUGGUUGAGAGAGUUCUUGAACAGAGGGAGGAGGUGCAGGUCACAGCAAUGACAGCAGCCAACUAUGUGCCUGGAGAGAAGGAGGUGGAGGAGCAGGGGCCCGCUGAGGAAGAAGUCCUGGUUUGCCUCCCUGUUGAGAGCCCAGUGUGCGAGGCAGCUUCCUGUCCAGUCCCCCUCUCAACAGAGGAGCCUGAAAGGCCAGGAGCUGUCAUUACCUUGGAAGAAGAAGAGGAUGAUGAGGCGGUGGGUGAGGAGAGCCAGGUGGAGCAUGCUCAAAAGGUCGACAUGCCUGGAGAGCAGGAUCCAGAGCUGCCCACCAUCAUUGAGCUUGACCCUGCUUCCCCUGCAGCCCCUGAGCCUCAGUCCCCGGCCCUUGAGGGAGCAAAGGACAGCAAGCAGCAGCACAAGAACGAGACAACCCCUGAUGAUGCCUCAGUGGAUUUUGUCUGCCUCUCCCCUGCCUCAGCUACUGCCUGUAGCCCAAGCCAAGCUACUACUGCCGUGCCCCACAAACCUAUUGUGCCCUGCUACUGGAGUCUGGAGCUGCUGAUUGCUGCUGCCUUCUGCACAGACGUACCCCCAUUUCCCCUGUUCCCUCACAGCACCCCAUCAGUUGCCGCAUCACAGCCCAACCCCCACCAGGGUAUGGAGCUUCUGAGUGAGCUGGCUGAUCUGGAGCUGCAACAGCAAAAGCGCACCUGUGGGAAAAGCCAGGAAGAGGAGUUGCUGAUGUUUGACCUCCAGAGCCUUGCGACACUGGCCACUGCCCGUGCGCUGGAGAUGGGCUCGCAGGAAGGCAGCAGCACGGGUUCAGGGCGACACUUCCCUGCGCGCAGGAUCCUCAAUUUACGUAGGAAAUGCAGCUGGACACCUCGCAAUGAACCGGUGUGCCCAGCCAAAAGUACCAUGGAAACAAUGGAGGGUCCGGAGCUUGCAAUGCGUGUGAAGCUGGCUGAGCUACAGCGUCGCUACAAGGAGAAGCAAAAGGAGCUGGCCAAACUUCAGAGAAAGCACGAUCAUCAGAAGGAGGAAACACCUCGCAGCCCAGCGCGACGAGGACCAGGGCGGCCGAGGAAGCGGAAACCCACCCUCACCACAGGUCCAGUGUCCUCAUCCGAGGGCCAGAGAAAAGUCAAGUCGAUGGGGGCGGGGCUUGCCCUGUUGCCUGAGGACCUAGGAGGGGGCGGAGACAGCCAGAGAAGGAAGAAGAGGCUGUCCAGUCGAGGCUUUGAGCGACUCAGCAGCACACAGCAGAUAAAAGCACAGGGCUGCAGAAAAAGCAGUCUUCACAGCAUGCUCAGCUCCAAGCUGGCCGGUGAUGUGACUCAGCUCAAACAAAAAGCCCAGGGUAAAAAGAAUCUCUCAGGGACAGGCUCCAGGGACAAGGAAGUUUCGCCCUGCAACUCCAACCCCAAGUACAGACACAGAAGCCAGGGCACGAGCAAAGCUGAGUUCAGGCGGGAGUCCGGGGGACAAAGUGACACAGCAGCCAGCGUGGAUAGUGGACCUCAGGACAGCUGGACUGGACUGGUGCAGCGUGGACGUAAAAAGGGAUGCACCACCCUGACGCAGGGUUCUUCUCGUCUGAGCCAGCCGAGAGCACGGGUGCUCCGUGGCCACAGACAGGAGGCAAUGGAGGAAGGGGAGAGCUCGCCUGCAGAGAGCGACUCUUCUGAUCAAGACGACGACGAAGAAGAAGGCAGUUAUGAUACUGAUGAAGGUCAAGACUACAGAGCCCAACCCCCCAGAGACAUCACCUCCAGCUCCUCCGUGACAGGUCCGAGUCCCUUGUCUGUUGUAAAACUGGAGGCCAAUCAGAAAGCCAGGAACAAAAAACAGAGACAGGAGCUUUAUGGCUCCCAGAGUCUGUCUGGAGCAGAGGGGGAAGUCAAAGUUAGGAAGAAGCCCCCCUGCAGGCUGGGCUUGGCCACUGCAGUCAAAAACCUCCAUGAAGAUCACCGACCCGAAGGGGUUAGAAGGCCAUGUGUGCCCAGGUCUAAAGAGCCUCGGUGGGGCGGCCUCGGGACCAGAGGCAACCGCUACCGGAGGAGCAUGGGAUUGGCCACCUUCCCGACCACCAGUGAGAGGCUAAAGAGGGCGACCCGCAAGAGCACCAUGCUGAGAGGAGCAAUCAAUAAGAGGAGAAGCUGCUGGUCAGUCGGGGCGCCGUCUUCUCAAAGUGAGGAGGGCAGCAGGGGACGAAGGAGCAAGGACCAGCAGCCAAAGGGACGAGCGGUGAGCCGGCUGCUGGAGAGUUUUGCAGCUGACGAGGGCUUUCAGAUGGAUGGCAGCAGCUUUUCAGAAGAGGAGGAGGACAGCAACCACUCGUACAGCAACAAAAGCCCUGAAUUUCCUAACUGUGUCCUGACCAAAGAACUCCUGACUGAUGGGCUGAAGGUGCUGGUCUCUAAAGAGGACGAGCUGCUAUACGCCGCCAGGGUCCACACCCUCGAGCUCCCCGAUAUCUUUAGCAUUGUUAUCGACGGGGAAAGAGGAAACCGCCCAAGAAUCUAUUCAUUGGAGCAACUGCUACAGGAAGCUGUCCUGGAUAUACGUCCAGAGUCGGAGACCAUGCUCAGUGAAGGAACCAGGGUGUGUGCCUACUGGAGCGAACGGUCACGCUGCUUAUACCCGGGCUAUGUUCGCAGAGGUGGUUCAUCUGAUGAAGGAAAGCAAGGAGGAGUGAUGGUAGAGUUUGAUGAUGGUGACCGAGGGAAGAUUUCUCUCCCAAACAUCCGCCUCCUGCCUCCAGGAUACCAGAUUCACUGUGCAGAGCCAUCUCCUGCCCUGCUGGUACCCAGCGGGACAUCAGCCAAGAGAGGUUCUAGUCUGGAGCAAGCCCCCAUUAGUGACAGACCGUCUGACAGACUCAACACUCUCAGUAGUGUAAUCAACAAUCAAACUCUAAAUGUACAUAAAAGAAGACCAGGGAGGCCAAAGGGUUCUGGGAAAAAACAAAAGCAGCAGCAGCAGGCUGAGAAUGCCAAUAAAAAUCUUUCACCUUUCCUGGGUUGGCCUUUGUUGGCCAACAACAGGAAGAGAACUUCCGACAACCUAUUUCAGCUCAACGGGACUCCCAGGAAGGCCCUGAGAGGAAACGAGGAUGACCUGUUCCCCUUGCCUCAAACCCAGCCAAUGGCAUCCACCCCAGCCAAGGGCCUUUUCAGCAGCAGCUCUUUUGAGGUGGACUCCUUUAGCAGCAUUGCAAAUGGCUACUCCUCCUUCUGUAACCAGACUACAGGGCCAAGUCCAGGUUUAUCUUUGGGUCCCAGAAGUGGGCUGUAUGGCCAGAGGCGUCGGCAAGAUGAGCUUGUUAUGCCAAGGGACCGGAAGUCUGGACAAGAGUUCCUGGUCAAGUUGGAUCAUGAAGGAGUGACCUCCCCUAAGACAAAGAACAGCAAGGCUCUGCUGUUGCGAGGUGGACCUUCCAGCAUCAGUGGUAUGCCCAGGACAGAGGCGUACUCUCACCCUGUCCUUUUGGUGAAAGACAACAAAAAAGGUGGUGCCUCCAGGGUAGAACUUCUUGUCAAAGGAACCACACCACAAAGAAAGCCCUCCAAUUCUCUGCGUCUGGGUGAAUAUGGCGACUUAGGCUUCAGCUACCGCAGAGAGUGUCACAGCCCCUACUCUGAUCUGGAAGAUGAAGAGGAAGAGAGGAGGAGAGCUGCACUGGUUGCAGCCUCAGGAGGACUAAGGACGGCUGGCCGCUUCCUGUCUCGUCUCUCUGUUUCCUCUUCCUCUUCUGGUUCUUCAAGCUCCUCCUCUUCAGGCUCUCUUUCCAGUUCCAGCCUGUGUUCCUCUGACAAUGAUUCCUCCUACAGCUCAGAUGAUGAGGACAGUUCUACACUGAUGCUACAGAGCUGUCUGUCUUCCCACCGAGGACUCCUGCAACCCUCUGAACCCUCAACUUCUUCAAGGUCACACCAGCACUCCUUUGUGGCCAAGGCUGUCGCUGUUUCGAAUGCCAAAGGAGGCCCACCAGUCCAGGUCUCCAACAGCAAGCCCUUGAAGAGGAAAGAAUACACCAGCUCCACCUCUAAACCAUCUAAAGAUUUCAUGAAAAAACCCAGGAUGCUUCCAGAUGACACCUCAUUUAUUCCAAGGCCCAAGAUGUCUGCAUUCCUUGCAGGACGACAAAUGUGGAGAUGGUCAGGAAACCCUACACAGCGGCGAGGUCUAAAGGGCAAGGCCAGGAAACUUUUCUAUAAGGCCAUAGUGCGAGGCAGAGACACGGUGAGGGUGGGAGAUUGUGCUGUGUUCCUCUCAGCUGGACGCCCUAACCUCCCAUACGUAGGUCGAAUUGAGAACUUCUGGGAAUCCUGGACUUCCAGCAUGGUGGUCAAAGUCAAGUGGUUCUACCACCCUGAAGAGACCAAGCUAGGCAAGAGGCAUAGAGAUGGAAAGCAUGCCUUGUACCAGUCGUGUCAUGAGGAUGAAAAUGACGUCCAGACAAUCUCUCACAAGUGCCAGGUGGUGAGCAGGGAGGAGUAUGAGUGUCUGACUCGCAAUCAGAAGCCGAACAGUACCUCCCCAGACCUCUACUACCUGGCUGGGACGUAUGACCCCACCACUGGUCAGCUGGUCACUGCUGAAGGAGUUUCCAUCCUGUGCUAAACCUUUAUGAGGACACUACUGAAGGACUCCUUUGGAGGAAGGAUAAAAGUCAAUGACUUUACCUACAAGACCCUCCAGCCUUGGAAGACAGCAAGUGUUCCUUGGGUAUGCUUCAAGGACCGAUGGACUUAAUGUCAGCGCCAAAGCAGGGCUGUCAGAGUCUACACACUGGAGUCUACUGGCGUCUUACCUUCACCGAAGUGAAGGGUCUGUCCAUAACUGGUUGAUCCUUUCAAGAAGAAUCGUAGUCUGGGUCUUCCUGGGCCAAUUCAGUAAAUGGCGUUUCAGUCGUCUAACUAAUCUCUUUUUAAUGGAUCCAUGUGAUUGACAGCUUCAUAACUGGUUUUAAGACUCGUGCUUCCAGCUCCUAUCAUAUGUCACCAAAGGAGAGCUGUGAGUGCAUUUGACUGUGCGAAGUACCAUGAGGCUGAAUAGUCUCUGAGGACCAAUUCUUUCAAGGUAGCCUUACCUAAGGGAAUGGAAACGAAAGUGAGGCUUGGGGCUCUCCCUAGACCUCUUCAUUCCAGGGAAGUUAAAACAUGUAAAGGAUGUAAAGUUGAUGUCUGUAAAUAUUUUGAAUUUUUCCCAAUCAAGCCAUACACUUCAGUACCUCUCGCCUGUCUUAACUGUUCAGGUGUACAUUGUACAGUUCAAUUAUUGUAUUGUUGUCUGUUGUCUAUAUGUACAUAAAAGCUAUUUUAUAUAGGAGUAUAUUGUAUAUAUGAGAUGUAUCUUUCCAUGUUUGCGAUUGAUUUAUUUUUAUAUGAGUGUAGAAUACAUUACGUUGUUUUUUUCCUUUGCUUUGGGAAGUCAGGAUUGGAGAUGUUAGUGUUGCACUGCAUAUGCCCUGCUGAGACAGACAGAGACAGACAGAGCACAAACAAAGACAGAAGGAUUUAGUCUAUAACAGGACAACACUCCCUUUCUGAGAGAGAGGGGUCUUCCUGUUUAAAAAAUAGGUCAAGUGGCUUUUUGUAAAAGUGUUCUGUUAUUUCGCAUUUUUGUUAUCCUAUUUUAAAAACACCUUUUUAUUUAUGUACCUCUCAGUUGUUCAUCAUCACGAGGCAGAUCCCACUGGACUGCAAUCACGGGUCAAAAAUGAUUUAAGAUUAACGAUAUGAGUAUACCAUUUUGACACAAUAUUUGUGUGAGGUGAUGAGUGUCCUGGCAUCACUAUAAUCAUGUCAACACAAAUCAAUUUCGAAACAAGACUGGGUCGCUUAAUAAAAAUUUGUUAAAUGUGCAUUGCACUCAUGAAUGCAUAGUUCAGCACAUUAUGACCUACAAAAUACCAAAGUGUCUUUAAUAUCUUUAUUUCCUUUAUUUAAAUUUAACAUAUGUCGAGCACCUGUACUGAACUCAAAUCAGAAAUCACUGGUAACUUAGAGAAUACUUGUCCUCCACUAUGUGCAUAUAUAUUGGCUUUGCAUUGUGACAAUGGUUUCUUGCACCUGCAGUUUUGUUUAGUGCAAACAUAUGCAGCAAAAGGCCACCUGGGAGUGUGAUUAUGAAGGUCAAGGUACAGACAAAGUAAGAUGUUGAGUACUGACAAUUUGUUGGAAUUAGUCUAUUAUAGUUUCAUCAGCCAUCUGUGUCUAUUUUGUACAGUACACGCACAUACUCAAUGCUAACUGUGAAGGACAAUCAGAUUCACAAAGCAAUGGACAUAGAUUAGAUUCACUCAAUCUGAAAAUUACUUAAGUUUAUUUAAUUUGUGCCAAGUACAUUUUUGUCUAUUUUGUCUUGUUUGAUAGGCAAUCCUGAGCAUUUCUUUGUUCACAAAGUUUUAUUUUGCUCGCCAACAUUUUUAUUUAUUGUCAAUGUUGCUGUUUGUUCAUGCCAAGAGCGCUUUAUGAGAAUGUGACAUUGUUUUUCUUGGUGUGAUGUCGCAUUUGCAUUUCUUAAAUAAAACUGGUCUUGUAGAGGCCAUCUAGUGAAAAUGAAAUAAAGCAACACUGGAUUCUUCUCAUCCAUAAAACCUCUGUGAGUUAAUUCUGUUGUUCUGGCUGCACAUCCUUGGUCUUCCUGCACCUGCCAUUUCCCAUCAACACAUUUAUGUUAAACCCAGAAUUUUUUGCACAAUUAUUUUACCUUUGCUUUAAACACAAAAAUCCUCAGAGAAGUAAAAAUGUUGGCUCACUCAACAAUUAUAGUGUGUAGAUAUGUGUGUAUUUGAAUGUGCUGGAGUUAACAUAGGAAAGCAACUCCUUGCUGUCAAUGACAGAAACAAACA